CUCCUCCCAGGUGCUGAGAGGGCCCGCGAGGGCUGAGGCGCCGGACCGCGCCGCGGCCCGAAGGAAACUCGCUGCGUCCGCGGCGGGAGGGGGCCGGGCGGGGGGCCGCGGGCGCGCGCGGCGAAUACGAGGAGCUGGGCGCCGUGGGGCAGCACGUGCGCUAUGAGACCACCGGCCCCGCGCUGUGCACUGUGGUCUUCCUGCUAGUGUACUUCUUCGGCAUGGCCAGCUCCAUCUGGUGGGUCAUCUUGUCGCUCACCUGGUUCCUGGCAGCCGGCAUGAAGUGGGGCAACGAGGCCAUCGCUGGGUAUUCGCAGUACUUCCACCUGGCCGCCUGGCUGGUGCCCAGCGUCAAGUCCAUCGCCGUGCUGGCGCUCAGCUCGGUGGACGGCGACCCGGUGGCCGGCAUCUGCUACGUGGGCAACCAGAGCCUGGACAACCUGCGGGGCUUCGUGCUGGCGCCGCUGGUCAUCUACCUCUUCAUCGGCACCAUGUUCCUGCUGGCCGGCUUCGUGUCGCUCUUCCGCAUCCGCUCGGUCAUUAAGCAGCAGGGCGGCCCCACCAAGACGCACAAGCUGGAAAAGCUCAUGAUCCGCCUGGGGCUCUUUACUGUGCUCUACACUGUGCCCGCCGCCGUCGUGGUCGCCUGCCUCUUCUACGAGCAACACAACCGCGCGCGCUGGGAGGCGGCGCACAACUGCCCCUGCCUGCGAGACCUGCAGCCGGAUCAGGCGCGCCGGCCGGACUACGCGGUCUUCAUGCUGAAGUACUUCAUGUGCCUGGUGGUGGGCAUCACCUCGGGCGUGUGGGUGUGGUCGGGCAAGACGCUGGAGUCCUGGCGCGCGCUGUGCACGCGCUGCUGCUGGGCCAGCAAGGGCGGCGCGGGGAGCGCGGGGGGCUCAGGGCCCGGAGGCGGCGCGGGACCCGGGGGCGGCGGGGGCUCGCUUUACAGUGACGUCAGCACCGGCCUGACUUGGCGGUCCGGCACGGCCAGCUCGGUGUCCUACCCGAAGCAGAUGCCAUUGUCCCAGGUCUGAGCGGAGGGGCGGGGGGGGGGGAGGGUGGGUGCCUCAGGGACCCUGAAAGGGCGGAGGUUCCCACCGCGUCACCGUGUUGAUUGCUAUUAGCAUGAUAAUGAACUCUUAAUGGUAUCCAUUAGCUGGGACCUAAAUGACUUGCUCAGAACAAAGUACCUGGCAUUGAAGCCUCCCGGCCCCCUCGCCUCCACUGACACUCGGAGCUCCUCCUGGCGGACUGCGCGUCGCUCCGAACCCGGGGUCUGCCGCGCUCCGGGCUGCCCCGUGCUGAGCUAGAAGCCACAGCUGCAGCCUUCACUCGAGGGACACUUUUCCUCCCUCUCGACUUUCCCGCGUGAACUCUUCCUCCCGUUGUAUCCUGGAGGAGGGAGGACGGCGACCUAACAGGAUUGCACGGUUUGGGUAUUCUUAAUGACCAGGCAGAUGCCUUAAAUAAACAAGAUAUGUCUUAAUUAUACACCCCAAGUAAAUACGGGUUUCUUACAUUAGAGGAUGUAUUUAUAUAAUUAUUUGUUAAAUUGUAAAAAUGUGUAAAAUAUGUAUAUAUCAAAGAUAUACAUUGUGUACAUUUUUUGUAAAAAGUUUAGAGGCUACCCCUGUAAGAACAAAUAUAAGUAUUCUAUUUUGUCAAUAAAAUGACUUUUGAUAAAUGAUUUAAACGUUGCCCGCGCCCCCGCCUCUUCUAAGCUGCCACCUUUGCCAUGCUUGCCAAGGGUGCAUGGGGGAAAUGGACAUUCUCUGGCUUGUCAUUCUGUACACUGACCUUAGGCAUGGAGAAAAUUACCUGUUAACCUCUAGUUCGCAAACUGUUAACAAAGUAAAUACCACUGUGGAACUGAAAUCAAAACUGAGUUUCUGCACCUUCUCCAGUGAUGGUGUUCGAAUGGUAGCUCUUUGCUGAUACAUGGAUUCCAACUCACUUUAGUGUAUGUAAAUGGGACUUUUUGCAAAGAUAGAAAUUCCACAUAGGCCUUGUUAUUUAUCGUGUAUGAUAUCACUAAAAGUUUCAAAACCCCA